UUGUGGAGUUUUCUGCAAAGUAUUCAGAGACGUUUCCCCAAACUUCUUGCUAAGUCCCCAAAGACUCUUCUCUGCUGUGGUUGGGAGUCUGGUCCUAGAGUAGAGCAGUAAGCCACUAUGUCCCCCCACACAGAGAGGAAAGGGUUGGAGGGGCCCGCCCCGUGAUGUCACCCCCCCCAACACACACCCUGUCCCCUUCCUCCGCGCUCCCCCGACCCCGCCCCCCGGCUGGUUGCUUUUAGCUCACAGGGCUUGGGCUACGACUUGCAAGAGUUUUUAGGAAGCAGCGAACAGAGUGGCCCUGGGGGUCCCCACGCCCGACAUCCGCCCCGGCACCUAGGACCUCUAGGGGAUGAAGCUGGGGGUCUAGGGAAGUACUUCCACCCCCUCCUUUCCUCAGCUUUGGCUGGGUGGCUUUCCAACACCCUCAAGACAUUCAUGGAUGGAUGAGAGGAGUGUAUACUGACUUCCCACUCUGUGACCACCUCCUCUUGGACCAUGGAAAAAGCCUUGCUGCCCCUCACUGUGACAGGCAAUCCCAGGCCCUUUAAUCAGCAACUCCCAGAGCCUCCAGACCCAAGAUGUGCCUUGGAACCCCAGGACAACCCUGAACUGGCACCUGCCCUGGUGUGUGCCCUUUGCUGCUGCUUUGGAAUCAUCUACUGCUGCUUUGGCUACCGCUGCUUCAAGGCAGUGAUGUUUCUCUCGGGCCUGCUGUCUGGAGCUCUGGUGAUCUUCCUGCUGUGCCACAAGGAGCAGGUGCUGGAGACACAGCUGAGCCUGGAGGUGAGCGCAGGCAUUGCACUGGGCAUUGGCCUCCUCUGUGGCUUGGUCACCAUGCUGGUUCGCAGCGUUGGGCUCUUCCUGACUGGUCUCCUGCUAGGUCUGACCCUGGGCACUGGGGCCCUGCUGGCCACUGAGCCCAUCUACCAGCCACCUUCAGCCUGGGUUCCAGCCGGAGGACUGGUGGGUCUGGCACUCCUGGGAGCCCUGCUGACACUUCGGUGGCCUCGUCACUUCACAAUUCUGGGCACAGCCCUGCUGGGUGCUGCAGUGCUAGUGGCCUGUGCUGACUACUUCCUGGAGGGACUGGCACUGGGCAAUCGGCUGGGCCAACGCCUGCAGGCACUUCCAGCAUCGCCUCCUCUCUGCUGGUAUAGCUGGGUCUUGCUGGGGACCUGGCCAGCCUUGGGGGCUCUUGGGGCCCUGGCCCAGUGGAAGCUCAUGUCUGAGGAACGUGGAGGUCAUGCCAAUGCAGUAGUCUUGAGCCACCAGCGAAGGCAUCUCCAGCUUCUUCGGAUCCAUUCACAAGAGGCCAAGUGGCAUCGGACCGCCUCUGGGGUGGGAAUGUGUGAGGGCAGCUAUCGGCAUCAGCUGCCCCCCAGUGCUCGGAGCCCUGCUGACAGUCUGGCUCCAAGUUAUCUCCAGAGUCUUCGAGACCGCCAGCUGGGACCAAGCACCCUGGCCACAGCUCCCAACACCAUCCUGGACCUGGAUUCUGACUGUGGUUCCACUGUACCCCUCGCCACACCCCCUGGUUCAACCCAGACCUGAGCCUCUCAGGCCCCACCCUAAUGAGGGCCCACAGCACCCAUACACAAACUUCUCCACCUCUUGGAUUUGGGGAUAGGACCUGUGCUCCAGACCAGCCUUAUAGGGAUAUGUUUCAGGGACAGGAAGAGAAGAAUCUUUCAGAGAGGGGAGAGGCACGGAAGUAUGACUAUCUACCUCUGUCCAAUAAUAGAGGUGCCCUGCUCCCUUGAGAAACUGACUCCCUAAUUCCCUCCAAAGCAAGGAGGGCUCUUACGCAAGUAAAUAUCCAUCUCAGUGUGCCUCCCAAUGGUAAAAUAAGAGGCUUUGUUUUUAUAGGACCUAUAGAAAAUCAGGGAGCCUCCUAAGGCAUUUGAUAGCUUUUGAUGAGAAUAGCACAAAAGAGUUUCAGAAUUCCCCAGAUCCCUCAUUAAGGAGUUGGGCUUCUGGUUGCCCUUUCACUUUGUACCCUAUAGGCUUGAGCCCCCUUUUCCUACCUCAGUGGGGAGCAGUAUCCUCUAUGGUGCUUCCCCUUCUCUCCUCAGCCUGGGGAAGAUCACAGUACCUGCCUCAGCACCCACCUUCCAAAAAGCUGGCUUCUUGCUCCAAGAAGAUAGCAUUGACCUACAUGUCAGAGUCUUUCCCUUUUGCCCAAAGGAGUCUGGUCUUAAGGCCUGCAUGGGAGAAAAGUGCCUUCUCUACCUGUCACUGUGGGUGAUACUAACUCCCUCCUUAACCAGAAUUUUAUUGCAGCCACUGACCCCUUCUAACUCUACCCCCUCUGACUCUCCUGCCCACAGUCUGUUCCCUGGUUUCCCAGACAGCAUGAAGGAAGGAAGACAUAUCCUUCCCCUGGGCAGCAGGGCUAUGGUGGGGGGAGGAAGAACAAAGGACCGUGUGAAUAAAGUGGCAUUGAAAACUGAACCAGGAAA